AUGUCUUCUAGUACUGAAAUUCAGCCUCCGUGGCUUACUUUCUUCACUAAACAAGCCUCGAUACCAUCCGGUCAGGAGUUCGUUCCAAAAAUUUCAAAUAUCUUCAUAGACUUUCUCCUCUCCGAGAACGAUGACGCUGCUGCGAAAGCCGCCAAACAAAUUGACGAUUCUACGCGCGAUUCCCUAAAUUUUGUGUUCCAAACAAUAUACGACUUAGCAGCAUUUAUACCAUACGAGGAUCGUAAACAAGAUAUGUUGUUACAACUUAUAGUUGAGCUUUUGAAACUCCCAAGAAAAACUUUCGAAGGUGCCGACGACAAGGUGAGCAAAGACUUAUUGAGUCCGAAUGAGAUGCACACUGACCUGAUGAGCGAUAGAUUGUCGAGUAAAGUCCUCCAAGUCAAGCAUGAUAUGUGGAAUGCGAGAAAAAGCACGGCAAUCAUCUCUUUGAUAUACAUUGAUACAGAUUUUAGGAUUGUUGUAGCAACUCGAUAUAUCAUUAUCGCUGGAGAAAAGAUUAGGGAGGAUGGCGUUCAAUGGUGGGAUGAGCAUGUUCCGAUUUGGGAAAGGAAACUACAAGAAUUUGAAAAUUGUUAUGAGAAUGGCUUCCCGGAAGUCACCCUUCGUUUUGAGACACCACCUGGUGAGAAAGAUCUCAUCGGCACGGGAGAUCUGGGAAUGGAUGUCCUAGCAUCUGUGAAAGCUGCGAGGGAGAAGUUGAAGGAUAUGCGAGAAGGAGUCCUUGAGCAGGAAAGCAAUGAAGACUUGGCUGGGAAGAAGGAUGAAUAA